AUGGAAUACGCACAGAAUGGGACAAAUGCGGUCAUAGCUGCUAUGUUGGGCGUCAUCAUGAUUGCUCGGUUGCAUGCUAUGUACCAGGGAUCUACAACGAUGCUAAUCUUCCUUAUUAUCAUCUUCCUGGGGGUAAACAUCGCCUGUGUAGUAAUCACGGUAAUAGACCUGAAGUACGCCGUAGGAGAGGAGUUGAUACUCUCUGGCACGUAUACUAUGUGCGGUUAUGGAAUGGAAGGCGACGAGCAGCUUCUGUUUUCAAUGGUAUGGAUGCUCAACACUGUUUGGGAGGUCCUCGCACUGUUUCUUUCAGUUUGGAUUGCUGUGAAACACUUCUGUGGCCUGCGACGACUCAGCCCAUCAACAGGGUGGGCCAUCGGGGACUUUUUCAGAGUGCUGAUACAAUCCCACGUUCUCUAUUUUGCAAGCUUUGCUUGCGUCUCUUGCCUGCAGCUUGCUUAUAUCUCUCCAGAACUCCAGAAUUCAUAUUCUAUUGAAGUUCAGAUACUCUAUGGUGCUUUUCAAAUUUUAUUGGUCGUGCAGAUGUUUGUGUUGGGACCACGCCUCAUCCUUAGCGUUCGAGGAUACCACGCCAAACUCGUAGCAGAUUCCGACGCAGAAACUAGCAUGAUUUCGAUUGUUUUCCAGGAGCGUGUACACGUAUCAACUAGCAGUACUGUGUAG